GUCGCAACUACAGCAAAAAAGUAAACAAAAAUCAAAAUUGCUUUUGGAGAAAUUGGGGGAGAGUUGAGGAUUUUGAUGAGGGAACAUUGAAGAACCUGCCAUCAUCGGCCACCAUUUCGGGUGGUGUCAGUGAUGAACACAGUUUCAUUGACAGAGUGUUCCAUUUGUAAUAAGACUUUCAACCGCCCAUUAGCUCUGUCACAGCAUCUUAACUGCCAUGGGGUAGAAUGGAAGAUUUAUUGGAAUGUGUAUCUCCAUCACGUCAGUGGGCUAACCUGCAAUCUAUGCAGUUCCACUUAUGAAGAUGUAAGCAGCUUGGAGAGCCAUCUCAAGAUGACUCACUGUAUCAGAUUUAGAGCACGGACAUUGACUGAACCGCCUACCACGAACCACCCUAGCCAGGGCAGCAGCGCUGGCCCAGCUUCGCCACAAGUGAGGGCUGUGAAUACGACUACUGAUCGCAGUGUAACGGUAGGCCGUCUGCAAUCGGGCAGUCAGGAUGCUCAGGAACCUGAUGUCAGUAUCAUUGAGGAAGUUCAAGUUGUGAGUACUUGGGAUGAGAGUCCGAGUACCGUUAUUUCGGGAAAGUCGACUGGGGCGGUCGUUUCACCUGCAGUGACACUCAGGCGCACAACUCGGCAUGGGAGCGCGCCGACCCCGGCGCUGGCCCGCACUGACCACGGCGAAUCGUCGGGCCAGCCGGCGCUGGACAUUAUCGAGGUGAUUGACAUCGAGCCGCGGCCAGCGGGAUUAUCCCGGCGUUCUGCGGUGCCGUCCGUCUCGCCAGAGGAGCAGCGCUCGUCGCCCGGCCCUGUCCGGCUCAGCGCGGCCCAGGCCGGCUCUCCGGUGGCUCGACCCGACCUGGAGGUGACCAGACGCCCUCUUCGACAGCAGUUGGCGAGUCUGGGGCGCCCUCAGAAGCCCACCGCAGUCGUCCUGCCGUAUGGCUCUGAGCGGGGACAGCUGCCUCACUCGGAAAGCAGCUCAGCAGCCGGUCUGUCUUCCUCCAGCGCUGACCGUAAGCUGCCAGCGCCAUGUGCCCCUGCUGUGGGACCCCUGAGCGUCCCGAGCCCACCACGGAGCACGGACAGCUCUGUGUGCGUGGACACCUCGGCCCAGCUGCCGUCCAACGAACCCAGCCUCGGCCAACCUCCCACCGCCCCUCCGAUCGCCCCACCGCCCCCUGACGCGCAGUCCUCGCUGACACCCUUCAACCCACCGGGUACAGCUGUGCCUAAGGCCAACACUGCCGCUUCCUGUCCUGUUCUGUCGGAGCUGCUGCGCCCUGCCAGACCGCCAGCUCCCUGCUCAGAGCCAUCCGUUGCGUCGCAGGUGCUGCCGCCGGAAAUGCCGCCACGGCCGACAGUCGGUGCUCCGAGCUCGCAGCGCGCGGAGCCGGCGGCGCCGUCCGUGUCACCCUGGCUGGAUCCAGUGUACCAGCCGGGCACUCUGACGCGGCUGGGCGUGCAGGCGGCGGUGCACCGGCUGCGCCAGGGCGGCGCGCAGCAGCCGGCGCCGGCGCGCGGCACCGAGUCGGUGCUGCGACUGCUGGCCGCCGCCGAGUCGGACCAGCUGGCAGCCGGGUCAGCCGCCGGUGUGCCGCCCCCCGGUGUGACCGCCGAGUCGACCCACCAGGAUAUGAGGCAGGCGGCGCCGGCCCAGUGGGGGUGUCAGCAGCCCGCCGGGAUCCCGCGCGCACCGCCUGACGCUGGCUCAGCUGACAGCCACGAUGAGAGACUUGACUCCAUCGGUGCUCAGAAGAGUGAAGGGUUUUAUGAAGAGGAGCCACUGCCUGCCACAUUCAAGAUAGAACCGACGACACCAAACAAAUCUACGCCGGCUCUCGAAGUGACGAAUUAUUGCGGCAUAUAUGACGAAGUAAAAGAAGAGCCGCUGCUGAGCCACCCUUCUGAGGGCAUGGAGGUCGAUCCGAGCAUGGAUCCCUUCUCCACCCACGGUCCACGCGAAGAUGACGACCCUGCCUUUGCCGCGGACGCAAGGCCGGCAGCCAUGAAGAUUGAAGUGAAGGAGGAGAUAACAGAGAGUGGCCUGUGGCUGGGCGGCGCCGAUACUCCCGUGACGCAGUUGUCUGAUGUGCCGAACGCUGACCCGCUGGCGGUGAGCGCUGACGUGUCGAUGGCUGUGGGCGCCGAACUGAGCGGGCCGUCCGCUGCUCUACGGGAGGACACGGACAGCCCUUUCGGUCUGCCGCCCGGGCCGCAGACUCAGCCGACUCCGAGACCCGCAGCGACGCGGGGCAAGCGGAGGCCGGGCCGGCCCCGUAUACACCCUCUGCCGGAGGCCGGCUCGCAGGUCGGACCGGCGACGGCGGUCGGCGCCGCUGGGGUCGCCGGCGACGACGGCCGGUCGUCGGCGGCGCGUCAGGACGCCGGCGGACGCCGCCGUAAACGGAGGAAAAACAAGUGGUGCGAGAAAAAGAAGAAGAAAGGCCCGCUCUACACCAAACCCCAAGGCACCGGAGACGGCGAGAUCGACCCCGGCAACAUGGUCGAAGUCCUCUUCUUGAACGACGAUGACGGCCAGGAGGACUAUGACGCCAUGGACGCCAUGGUUCUGAAGGUGGACAUGACGGAACGGCCGACUCGGUACUACGUCCACUUCCGGGACACGUCCUACCGUCACGACCGCUGGGUGACGCGCUCCGAUAUCUCGCGCGUGUACCGCUCCCAGCUACACACGGUAGAGCUGCCGCCGUCGGCCGCACCGGCGCCUUUGCCUGCGUCCGUGCCUGUCCCCUCUCCGGCACCCGCCCCGUCACCCGCUCCCUCUCCCGCUCUGUCGCCUGCCCCUUCACCGGCUGCUUCACCUGCUCCUUCGGCUCCUGCUUCGCCCGCCCCUGCAUCCGACCCUACACCCUCCCCCGAGCCUGCGGCUGCCGUCCCCGCUCCCUCCGGCCCAGCCGCUGCCGCUGCACCGGUGGCUAAAGCCGCCGUCAGAGCCGUUUCGCCAGAGCUCCCACCGCCGGCAGAACGACAGGCUCUGGCCACUGACCCCUGCUCCGACUCCGACUUUGAGCCACUCGCCAAGCUCCGGCGGGUGGCGCCCAGUUGGGCCGGCUCGUCUGCCCGCCGGGGUCGGGGCCGGGGUCGAGGUCGAGGGCGGGGUCGAGGCCGGGGCCGGGGCGGCGUCACGGACCAGCAGUCGAGACCUCCAGUGCGGCGCCUGGCCUUCAUACCGUCGGCCGACGUGGAAGACGAUGAUGUCCCAGAGACGGCGCUGGACCGGGGGCGGCUGGUGCAGGUCGUAUUCGAGACGACCGUCGAUGGCGCCCAGCUCAUCUGCCCGGCCAAGAUUGUGUGCGUGGACGACGCGCUCAGCUAUCGGCGCUACCUGGUGCGCUACCUGGGCUGGCAGCGCCGCUACCGCGAGUGGGUGACCGACUCUGUGCUGCGCUUUGCGCCGACGCCGCUGCAGCACAACGUCGGCGGACAAAUACUCAGGCGCAGUGUAGUCCCUCCACCUGGCUGUGCGGACUCGGCGGUGGCGGCCUACGCGAGUAUGAAGCCGUGCUCCGUCGACCUGGCCGCCGGCAACGUGUUCUUCCUGGCGGCGCUGCGGCCGCGCCCGCACCAUAUCAACGACCCCCGGAUCAGCGCCCUGGCGCGGGCUGUGCGGCCGCGUCGGGACGACCCUUUCGGCAGCCGAACGGCGCCCUGAGGGCAGCCGGGACCGGCCGGGCGUUUUGUACAAGAGCCCUAAAGGCUGGUGAAUCGGACUGAACCCGCUGUCCGAGCGGACUGAGAACAUGACGGAUCGGACUCGCUCGGAGAGGAUCUCGAACGGUGAGGCCGGUCUGCAGCCGGAGGGUGUCCCAGUGGGUGUAUCAGUCACUGGGUGCCUCAGCGGGUGUGUAUCACUGGGUGCCCCAGCGGAUAUGUCCGUGGGUGCCUCAGCGGAUAUGUCGGUCAUUGGCUCAGUGGGUGGCUCAGCAGCGGGUGGGCUGGUAGACGACAAAAGAAUUAGACCAGCGUGAUUCAAAUGCAGCCCAUCAUCAACGUUUGUUCUUGGAAAUGUGAACAGACAAUAACCAAGGACCACCCUCUGAAUCACAGCGCCAUUCAUUGCUACUGUAUGGUGCCGUGGCACAAAACUCAGGUACUGCCAUGAUCUGACCCUCAGCAUUACAGAAAUGCCAGGAAUCUUGCCGUUUUUAUGCAAAAUAUUUUUAGCUUCUUUCUACGGAAAAUUCCACUUGCAGCUUAGUGUCCCUGUUUGUGCUCAUUUUAUUCGGUCCUCCAGCGAAUAGACAAUCAAGGUAUGUGGUCUAGCCAUCACACUGUUUCGAAACUGCCGUUGAUAGGCAUUUGUUGCGUCGUAUGACAGCAGGUUGAGGAACGGCGUUCUAUCGCCUGCAGUGCUGUGCUGUUUCUAUUGUCCAGUUUCUAUCGCAGGUGUGCUUGGUGAACUGUACCGCAAUGUCGCAGCGCAAUGUUGCGACGGUUCCUGAGAUGCGGUUGUGUGUGUAUGGCGUAAACCUUUUACUUAAAAAGUAAAAGGUUUACUUCUGCCUACAGUGGCUGCGUAUUUUAAUUUGUAUAUUUGUAUAUUGAGCUUGUGCUUGCCCUGUGCUAAUGCCCACAGUGCUUUCCACGUCGUUUGCUACGAAGUUGUUUCGAAGGUUGGUCUUGCAUUUCCCGGACAGGGGAGUAGGAUGCUCAUGUGAUAUUUUCGUCUCAGAAUAUAGCGUUUUUCAA